AUGGCCUUCAUCUCCCCUUUGGUCACUUUAUCUCAAAGCUCCUUCACAGCACCCGGAAGACGACUAUCAUCGUGCGCUCGGCGUCCACAAGCGCGUCCGCUCACAUGCCCGACGGUAAUCAUUUGCUCAUCAGAGUCAGGCAACGUGAAAGUUAACGAGAGCAAAUCUUCUGAUUUGUCAGGGGCACGCGAGGCUCGAGUAGCCUUGUGGCGCGAAGUAGAAGCGCUGAAGAAAAGCCUCACUGUCGCCGUCAACGCCGAGCGCUUCGCAGAUGCCGCUCGUCUACGUGACCAAAUCGAGUCGUUGUCCCUCGCAGAUGAUUACGUGCGAACAGAAAAGGAAAUGGAAAAAGCAGUACAGGAAGAGCGCUUCGCAGAAGCCGCGCGAUUGCGAGACGUGCUCAAGGUGCUUGAACCGCCGCCGGGAAUUGCGAUGUUGCGAGGGGAGACAGUGGCUAGUACGGCGUGCGAGGACACAUCCAUGGCUGACUUGAAGCCUGAAGACGUGGAGAGCUGGUCGAAAACAAAGACGGCAGGCAUUGUGGUCCAUGUGGAGAGUUAUUACAUGCCAGAACAAAGCCUUCCGGAGCAAAGCCGCUUUCUGUUUGGAUAUAAGGUGACAAUAACGAAUGAGGGUAAUGAGACUUGCCAGCUUGUGUCGCGACAUUGGACCAUUAAUAGUUCGGGUGGGUCGGAGAGCGAAGUGAAGGGGCCUGGAGUGGUCGGGAGACAACCUGUUUUGGAGCCUGGCGAGAGCUUUGAAUAUAACUCUGCCUGUCCAGUUACCGUAUCAUUGAAGGGUGGGCAGAGUGUUGUAGGAAACAUGAAGGGAAAGUAUCACUUCUGCAAGGGCGAUACUGGUGACGUCAAAUUUUCUGUGGAUAUAGCAACUUUUUAUCUUAAGCUCCCGUUCCGCAACUACCGGAGUUCUUCAGGACCUCCACCACCCGGAAUUACAAAAUGAGAUCUAUUGCCUCUUUGGAAUGUUGUAAGAGAUAAGAGAAUAGGAUACAGAACAGAGUCAUGCAUUAGUGGGCAUAGCAGAAGGAGAGCAACGUGACAAUCUGCUCGAUUGCCCAUGAGAUUCUGUAGUCCUGGGCGAAUGUGAAAGUGUCUAGGGUCCUCGUUAACGGAAAGCGUAAUACUUAUAUUUCAUCUGUCUGCCUGCUACGCUGCAACCCAAAACAUGUCGCGAAUCGAGGGCAUUUGCUCGCGAAAGGUGGACGCCUGAAUUACGUACGCGUGCUACGAUAAACGCAGGGAAGUGUUUCGGAAAUAUGCCCAAUGGUUCUGUCAAGAAAUAAAGAACAGUAAAACUCCUUUGCAUUCCCAA